AGCGCGAAUCCUAAAACAAAUGUAUCGAUGACCUGGUCUGUAUGAAAGAAGAACGCUUCGGUCGUCUUUGAACAACUAACCGAGCUAAAUUCCGGACUUUAUAUUCACAACGUACAUGUGUAUUUGGAUUUAAAAACGCGUUACGGUGAGUUUAAUGUCAUUAUUAUAGCUAUAUAAUUAAUAGUAACAAUAAAGGAAGUGUAGGCUGAGUACCCAAAUGAUUUAUAUCUUAACUUGGGACUUCAUUGCAAUGGUUUUCAUGAUACGCUUAUAUAACACCUUAGACUUUCGAUAUUCAGUUGUGGUUUCUCGUUGCUGUACCUUGAAAAAGCCUACAAAGUGGAUUACAAAUCUUGCUGAGCAUCAAUUAUCUUAUCUUUUUAUGGUUUUCCAUAAAUUAGUUUGUAUUAAACCAUCCAACAAAAAUUUCAGGCUAGUGAAGUGUUAAUUGAUGUUACUAAAAAAGGUAUUUCAGGAGAUUUCGCCGUCAAACUGUAGGAAAAUAUUGUCAGUUAAGUUGACCCGAAUGAUGACACGCUUCUGAUGUAUUGCAGCCUUUGAUCCUAAGCUGUAAUUAAUGAAAUCAAUUCUAAAGUUUGACAGCAGACUGAUGAUUUUGUUGUACUUUCCAACUUUAAAGAAUAUUGAUAUUGAUUACUUGGUUUAAGCACAGGCAGUAAAUCAUACUGAUAUGGUAAUUCUUUGAAGACAGAAAAUGAGUAAAAAGGAACGACUAUUGAUUUGUCGAUUGAUGAUGCUGAACGUAACUCUGUGCAUUAAAGGUACACAGAGUGGAUUAAAAAUGAAGGAUAACUAGCAUGCUGCUGACGUCAAUAUAAUAAUUUUAUUUAACAGUAUUCAGUGCUAACCACUUACACACCCUAUCUUUCUUCAACAACAACUUUGUUAAAGGCUUGUAGAAAGUGCUUGAUUUUGUUUUAAAUUUAUUUUAUCGUUAGCUGCUGUGUGCUAUUUUUAGCCAUGUUGUUGGAUACGAUGAUUUAGUGUAGAAACAACUUGCAAAAUAUAGUUUUUCACAAAACUGAAAUUGCUGAAAAGUCGCAUUAGUACUUGCACCAUGUCGAUACUAUAUGCAAAAACUGAUACAAAGAAAAGGACUUUCGAAUGAUAGAGAUGUUCACUUGUUUUAAGCUCAUCAUAAUUUCUGUGUUUAAACUAGAUGGAUUGAUGUAAUAUCCACAAAAUUGAACAGACGUCUAACUUAACAUUUAAGUGUGAUAAAACCCUCAACAGGUUGUAUGGAAUAACGUAUAUCUGGUUGAUCUACACCAUAAAAAGCUUAAAUUGUCCCACGUUGAACUUUGUCCACAAAUAUGUUUAAGUAUACAUGUUUUUUAAUCAGGCAAGACAGUGUUAUUAUUAGAGCUGAGUACAAAGAAUAUUCUGCAUUAAUGAUUAGGAAUGACCUCUUAUUUUAGAGCAUAUAAAGUGCGAAAUAAUUUUGUGAGGAUUCUACCAACUGACGAUAUUCAGAUGAAUACGAUUAAUACGAUUAUUUUUAUCUUUAUCGUACACUUUUAUUGUCAUAAAGUAUUUGUUUCAAGCCCAUUAGGAGUAUCAUCGGUAAAGGGAUUGAAAUACUAUUUUCAAACAUCAAGAAUAGACUACAGUGUAUCUUUAUUCUUUGAGGAGGGUUUUCGUUUGAGGCUGUAGAGGUAUUACUGUAAGAACUAAAACAACUAUUAUUGGUUGGCUAUGAAGUAUAGGGUAUAGUGGUCAAAAUUGUAGAGAUAUGUCAGCGAACUUUGCUGUAAAAGGUUCUAAGGAUUAUUGAAGACUAUCAACAAUUUUGUCGUCCAACUUAGACGUUUUUGCAUGUGUAUUUUGCUAGCUCUAAUAGGUUCCAUUUAUUACAAAAUUGGUUUGAUAUUGCUAUGCAUUAGCUUCAUCAUGAUUUCUUUCCGUUCAGCGGCUCAUAUUCAUAUAAUUCGGAGUCUAUUACGUAAGAUUUCAAUAGGUUCUUAUACUUCUAUUUCUCCAGUAUGUUUGAGUUAGCUUGAAGGACUCCGUAAAACCUAGUUUUUGCCGCUUACUCACUUCCUAAAAUAAGAAGAGUUCCAUGCAGUGUAUCAUUAGAGUGUGUCUACUUAAAUAGUCAUACCUAAAAGAAUCGAGAAGUAGAAACUUAACGAGAAGGAUUGGUGGAGAGACAAAGAUAAAUCAAACUGAUAAAAAUGCGAGCUGAAACUACAACACGAACGGUUGGGAAAACCUGGGUUGUAAAGUUACAGAUCUGCGUAAAAUUUUAAGAAGUACCUACCAUAAAGUCUUCAAGCGAAUGAUAAAGAUCAAUAAGGAAGCAGGCCAUCAUCGGCACUUAAAUGAUACUACGGAUAAUGUCGAAUGACAAAAAUUAAAUAUGGUUCUGAUUCUCGAAGUAAUGUAUAGUUUCGGAUUUCAGUAUCUCAAUUUCUUUGAGAAAAUUCUAACAAUUAAAAGCGGUCAUCACUAACUGAUUUUCCACUUUUUAGAUUCAUCAGAUAUCACCUACUCUUUAAUCACAAUUUCCUAAAGUGGUGAACAUUUAAUUACCCGACAGACUGUGUAUUUCUUUGUUUUUACCUUUGUCUACAUUUUUAACUGCAAAUAAAAAUAAGUAACAUAUUUAUCUAUCGCAAUUCUAUUUACCGCUUAAAUAAAAAGACUCGCUAGAUUUUCCCUCUUGCAAAUCAUUCGAGUUUUUACUUCUUGUUGUAACCUGUGGAGAGUAAUGAUGACCGAUUGUCAGUGUAAAUCCAAAAUUUUAAAAUUCAGUGUGCUUGGAAAUAGUUUAAUGUUUCUUGUUGUAUAUGAUUAUUAUAAAUUGAAUGUUGUUCAGUAUCCAUUGACAGAAUGAUCUGAACAAUUGACUUUUGAGCUCUAAUUAAUUAAAGCAAUCUUUUUCAUUUACAGUCGACCAAAACGUUCUUUAAAAGUUCACGUACAAAAGUGAUUUCACUGGAAAAACCGCUAUAGCCUAACGUGACCUGGACAGCUGCCGUAUUCUAGUUUCUAUCUUUUAGUGCACCAUACACUGAAGUGAUUCAAUGCCGACGUGUAAAUUUUUAAUUACAAACGAAAUUUUUUGAUGUAUUCGACCUUUUUCACGUAACUGUUUGUUUAGACUGAAAUGAGAGAGAAAAUCUAUAUUCUAAUUUGUGUUUCCUCACAGAAUACUUUACAUCUCUAGAGGGAAAUUAAUCUAUUAUUUUAAUCUACAGAUAACUAGCUUAAUUAAUAAUUUACUCACCUGUUUGGGUAAACCUAAAUAAAUUCCUACAAAUCACUGUUUAAGUAACACUAUAUGUUUUUUUAAUAUUUUAGUAAGAAAUCGAUUAUCAUCGUCUUCCAUUUAAAUGAUGUAUUCGUUAUUUUUUAUUGAACUGUUUUACCAUGGGUGAAACAUAGACAUACAAAAUUAGAUUAUUUAACGAAGUUUAGUUAUGUUCAUGUUACGUAAUAAAGGCUUAUCAUCGUGUUAUAUUUACUAACGUAUACAAGUAUUUCUAUUCUGUUAACUUAAAUGAAAAUUUUAUGAAAAGUUUCUUACAUUUCUAUAUUAUCUGCCUUUUGCGUAGGGUCAACUUGAAAUCGGAGCUUUAAACUUUCACUAACAUGAUCCCAACACCUGGGCAAAAUCCUUGGGGUACUCCAGGUUCAGGAGGAAAUGCAUUUCUACAAAGCAACAAACCCCUCAUAGCUGAUUUAGCGCUUGCUGCUCUUAAAGAACGUGGUGAGGUGAAGAAAAAAAAGCUUUGUCCUCAAUUUCGAACAGAUCGUUCAUUAUGUUUGAUGACAAAGAAAAAUCCUCUUAGAAGAGUUUGUAUAUGUAUAGUGGAUGCACGACCAUUUGAAUAUUUUAUAUUGGCAACGAUAUUAUGUAACUGUUUGGCACUGGCAUUCAAUCAUCCUUAUCCUGGAGAAGAUUCGAAUGCCGUAAAUCAGGUUUUGGAAAAAAUUGAACUUGCAUUUGUUAUAAUUUUUACAACUGAAUCCGCUUUAAAAAUUAUUGCCUAUGGAUUUGUCCUUCAUCAAGAUGCUUAUUUAAGGAAUUUUUGGAAUGUCCUAGAUUUCAGUAUAGUCUUAAUUGGUUUAUCAUCAAAAGCAUUGGAAAAUAUGAAUAUCGAUGUAAAAGCCCUUCGAGCAUUUCGAGUGUUACGACCGUUGAGACUACUUUCUGGUUUACCUAGCCUUCAGGUUGUGCUCAACUCUAUCAUUACUGCCAUGGUUCCAUUGUUGCAUAUUGCACUGCUUGUAAUUUUUGUCAUUAUUGUUUAUGCAAUUGUUGGCCUUGAAUUAUUUCAGAGCAAAUUACACCUAACCUGUUAUAAAAAUUCAACACAUAAAAUUCCUGAGAUGAUGCCGAAUCCUCGACCAUGUACAUUUGAAACAUCAUCAAUGGGAUUUAAAUGCAGUGAACUUGGGCCAGAUUAUUUUUGUGCAGAUAUGUAUGGCAAAGAAGGAGAACGAUACACUGGUCCUGAAGGUGGUAUCGUUAGCUUUGAUAAUUUUCUAUAUUCUAUGCUAACUGUUUUCGUGUGUAUUACAAUGGAAGGUUGGACUAGUACUGGGUAUUAUGUGUCUGAUGCUAUUGGUUCCUGGUGGCCUUGGAUUUAUUUUGUAACCCUUAUUCUACUUGGUUCAUUUUUCGUUAUGAAUCUUGUUCUUGGUGUACUAAGCGGAGAAUUCAGUAAGGAAAAAGAAAAAAUAGAUCGUACCUUAUUGUUUCGUAAAGAAAGACAAGAAAAACGUGAACAACAAGAUUAUAUGGGUUAUAAAGAAUGGAUUGAAUUAGCUGAGGAACUAAGUGAUUCUGAAGGUGAUGAUAAGGAAAGUCAAGAUAUAGAAUCAGUUGAUGGUGGUGAUGGGCUAAUUGAAGAGGAACCCGAGAUGCAUGUUGAGGAGGUAGUUAAAACACACUGUCAUAGCACACUUCGCCGUUUAAGAAAAUUCCGUAAACGAACACGACGAGCUGUGAUUGCUUUUAUCAACAGCCGCCAAUGUUUUGCAUUAGUUAUUAUCUUGGUUUUUCUUAACACAGUAGUCUUAACCACUGAACAUCACAAUCAACCAGAAUGGUUAGACGAAUUCCAAGAUUUUGCUAAUGUUGUAUUUGUGAUGCUAUUCACAAUGGAAAUGUUAAUUAAAAUGGGGGCAUCUGGUUUCUCAGAUUAUAUUUCAAAACUGUUCAAUCGCUUCGACUUUUUUGUAGUUAUAUUUUCUAUAUUGGAAUUGAUUUUUGUGAAAUCUGGUUUACUCAAUCCGAUGGGUGUUUCUGUGUUACGCUGUGCAAGACUUCUCAGGAUAUUUAAAUUGACUCAGUACUGGGAAAGUUUGCGAAGUUUAGUAGGGAAAUUAUUAAAAUCUGUUCGAUCAGUUGCUAGUCUACUACUUCUAUUAUCUAUAUUCAUUCUUAUUUGCUCUUUACUUGGUAUGCAAUUAUUCGGUGGUCGAUUCAAUUUUAUAGCACAUGAAAAACCUCGUGCUAAUUUUGAUGGAAUUUUGCAAGCUAUGCUUACUGUAUUUCAGAUACUUACUGGUGAAGAUUGGAAUGAAGUUAUGUAUCAUGGAAUGAGAGCAUAUGAAAAUAGUCCUUGGUAUGGAGUUGUAGUUAUCUACUUCAUAUUUCUUUUCAUAUGUGGCAAUUAUAUUUUAUUGAACGUGUUCUUGGCUAUUGCUGUCGAUAAUUUAAACGAAGAUGAAGAUGAAGAGGAAGAAGGAAAUGGUGAUGCACUAAAAAAACAAAAUGACACACCAGAACUUACAGAGACUGUUGAACAAACUGCACCACCUCCAGAACAGCGAGAAAAUGAAUUAAAUUCAGUAAUGAAAAUUAAACAAUAUGAAAGAACAGAUAAUGAAGAUCAAACAUAUGAAGAAAUGUUUGCUGAAGAUGAAGAUGUUGAGGAAGAAGGAGAUUUAAAUGGUAAAGAUGGAGACGAUCAGAAAGACAUGUCACCACAAGAUAGUCGAACAAUGCCACCUCAUUCAGCAUUUUUUAUAUUUGCUGAUACGAACAAAUUUCGUAUAUUUUGUCAUAAUGUGGUCUGUUUCUCCCAUUUUGGAAAUAUUGUAUUGGUUUGUAUUUUGGUAAGCAGUAUUUUACUUGCUGCUGAAGAUCCAUUACAUGCAAACUCUCCAAGAAAUCGAAUUCUGAACAUGUUUGAUUACUUUUUCACUAGUGUUUUCACUGUGGAAAUCACUUUGAAAAUGAUUUCUUAUGGAUUUGUACUUCAUGAAGGAGCAUUUUGUCGAAGUGUAUUCAAUUUACUUGAUCUUAUUGUCGUCUGCGUAGCAUUAGUUUCAUUCGUGUUACAGAAUCAAACAAUUUCCGCAGUAAAAAUCUUAAGAGUUCUUCGGGUGCUUCGACCUUUAAGAGCUAUUAAUCGAGCCAAAGGGUUAAAACACGUUGUCCAGUGUAUGAUUAUUGCCAUUAAAAGUAUUGGUAACAUUGUACUCGUCACAUUCUUAUUAGAAUUCAUGUUCGCAGUUAUUGGUGUACAGUUAUUCAAGGGUAAAUUUUACUCAUGUACAGAUAUAUCAAAACAUGUUGAAGAAGAUUGCAAAGGUCAAUUUAUUGAAUAUAAAGAUAUGAGUUUAGACGAUCCUAUUCUUAGUGAAAGAGAAUGGAAAAAUGCUGAUUUCAAUUUUGAUAAUGUUCCAAAUGCUUUAUUAACUCUAUUUGCUGUUUCUACUUUUGAAGGUUGGCCAAGUUUAUUAUACCGAUCUAUUGAUUCGAACGCAGAAGAUCAUGGACCAAUAACAAAUUAUAGACCAAUAGUCGCAUUUUUCUACAUUACAUUUAUUAUUCUCAUUCCAUUCUUCAUGAUUAAUAUAUUCGUUGGUUUCGUUAUUGUGACAUUUCAAAAAGAGGGUGAAGCAGAAUAUAAAAAUUGUGAAUUAAAUAAAAAUCAACGUAAAUGUAUAGAAUAUGCCUUGAAAGCUAGACCACGUCGACGUUACAUUCCUAAAGGGCAUUUACAGUUUAAGAUUUGGUCUGUAGUUGUAUCAAAAAGGUUUGAAAUAUUAAUCUUCAUAUUCAUAUUUAUAAACACUGUGGCACUGAUGUUGAAAUAUGAUAAACAAGGUAAACUUGAAGCAAGAAUAUUAGAUUCAUUCAAUUAUUUUUUUACUGCUGUAUUUACAGUAGAAUUUAUACUUCGUUUAUCAGCAUUCAGUUUUCGGCAUUAUUUUAGUGAUAUUUGGAAUGUGAUCGAUUUUGUCUUGGUCCUUGGUAGUUAUAUAGAUAUCAUCGUGACACAGUCUGAUAUAAGUCAGGUCAAAUUCAGUGUAAAUUUUUUCCGUCUAUUUCGUGUUAUGAGAUUGAUUAAAUUGUUAAGCAAAGAAGAAUCUAUACGUCAAUUAUUGUGGACAUUUAUCAAAUCUAUACAAGCAUUACCAUAUGUUGCAUUAUUAAUUGCAAUGAUAUUUUUUAUUUAUGCCGUAAUUGGUAUGCAACUAUUUGGACAAAUUUCCAUUGAAGAAAACCCAUUAGAAGAAGAGGAAUGGCCUACUUUACACAGAAAUAAUAAUUUUCAAAAUUUUUUCUAUGCUCUUUUAGUAUUAUUUCGAUGUGCAACUGGUGAAUCAUGGCAGGAUAUAAUGAUGGCAUGUAGAGAAGGCCAAAAGUGUUCAAAAGAUUCUGAUGAAACAGAAGUCAAUGGAUGCGGAUCAAAAUUAGCCUAUGCCUACUUUAUUAGUUUUCAUGCAAUCAGUGCAUUUUUAGUUAUCAAUCUGUUUGUAGCUGUUAUAAUGGAUAACUUUGACUAUCUUACACGUGAUUGGUCAAUUCUCGGACCACAUCAUCUGGAUGAAUUUAUAACAAAAUGGGCAGAUUAUGAUCCAGAAGCAAAAGGAAGGGUUCGACAUCUGGAUGUUGUUACUAUGCUUGGAAAAAUAAGUCCACCACUUGGUUUUGGCAGCAUGUGCCCACAUACCAGAGCUUGUCAUAAACUGGUCAGAAUGAAUAUGCCUCUGAAUAGUGAUGGAACUGUAUUUUUCAACGCUACUCUUUUUGCUUUAGUGCGUAGAAAUCUCAAAAUUAAAAUUCCUGGAGCUGAAAUUGGCGAAAAAGAAAAAUCGUUAGACCAGUUGAAUGAAGAAUUACGUAUUGUGAUUAAACGUAUCUGGAAACGUACUAGUCCGAAAUUAUUAGAUCAAAUCAUACCACCGAAAGGUAGUGAUGUUGUCACAGUAGGCAAAUUCUAUGCCACAUUUCUUAUUCAAAAUUGGUUUCGUGAAUGGCAGAAACGUAAAAUGAUACAAAAAGAUACACGAUAUAUUCCACAAAUAAUGGCCGGUGACCGUGCAAUGCCACAUCAACCUACAAUAAUUGGAUUUCCCAGGCGUUGUUCUUCAGAUCUCACUGGUGAUGAGAUUCAGCGCAGACGUGGCGUGGAUAAGCGUGAUACAUCAGGUGGAAUUUUUGGCCGAACUUUAAGUGAAUGGACUAGACGUAGAAGUAGUAAACGUCCUUCGGGUCGUCGAGACAUUAAUACUCAGCAAGUUAACGGAAUGUAUGAUAUUGCAGGAAAUAAUUUAAAGAAUGGGAUGGGAAUAUGGAAUGACAUGUUUUUAAAUGCACAAGCAGGUAAAACUGCUCACCCAGCUGUUGUUGCACUUAUGGAAAAAGAGAGAAAAGACGCUGAAGCUAGAAAUAUGGCAAACACAAAUCAUGUGAUCGAUGUACAUAAUGAUUCCUCAAAAGCAAAUUAUGAUCCAGAAUCUGGCAAACUGAUUAAUUUGGCCGGUAAUAUGUUAGGAUUUUUAAACUCAGGAAAUUAUCGUUCAUCUGAUUCAACUCAACAUAAAGAUAUGACAACAAGUAAUACGCCAUCAGUUGAAGAUUUGAAUACAGCCCGUAAAAUAUUUGUAGCUGCUAGACGUGAAUCCCUUUUAUCAAAUAAAAAAGAAACAUAUUUCUAGUUACCAUAGAAUACAAUUUCAUAGUUAUGAAUCAUAUUUAUCAUCAAGAAUGAUAUUCACAUUACAAUAAAUAUACUGUCUCCAGUUAAUGCAUUUUUUUUAGGUUUUACAAAAAAUAACAGUUUAUUGUCUUUCACAGUGUAAUUUAUACACUUCAAUAAUUUCAUUAAAUACAUAUACAUAUAUGACAAUUUUCAAUACAGAAACUUUAAUGUCAAACAAUAUCAACAAUCAGUUCGUAAUAUAAAAUUAGUGUAUUUAUAAAAAUAAAUAAUUUCAAUCUAUUCAACCUUUUUAUUCAUUGUUUCUUUUCUAUAAUGAAUGAUAAAUGAACUAAGCUCAGCCAUACACAUACACAUACUCUUUUUUUCCUACCUUAUUCAAUGAUUUCACUUCUUCUUCUUCUUCUUCUUCUUUUACCUGUCUUCAUAUGCAUAUAUAGUCUAAAGUAUUCAUAUUCUUCUAGUUUGUUGAUCAAAAUAAGAAGAAACAAGUAAACACAUUUUAAUUUCAUGUCAUUUGUAUGUAGUUUUAAUUUAUAGUUUAUUUGAUUAUGUUUUAUGCUUAUUUAUUCUUUCACUAUGUACAGUUAUCUUUUGAGCAUUCUUAUAUUAUAGAAAAGUAAUUUAUGUAAACCAUCUUCUAUUUGAAGUUAAUUUAAUACUAUUUAUAAAUUUAACUUUAUUCUUCAUUGAUUUUUCAUUAAUUUUGCAAAUAUUAUGGUUAAUUCUUGUUUAUAUAAUAAGUAAAUACAUUCAUUAAAAUUACAUACAUAUGAUCCACUUUCUACUUACUUACUUACUGACUUAUAUACUUACCUUGCAGGUUUUUUUUUGUAGAAAUAAUCAUUCAUUUUCAUUAUUUUCUUUUUGUUUUCCUUUUAUUCCAUCUAAUAGUUAGUUACUGGUGUGAAUGAAUUAAUCAUUCAUGAAAACAAUGUUGACUGUUUUAUGUGUCAAAUUGAUGAUUGACUAUUUUCUAUGAAUGUCUAUGUAUGUUAUGUAAUUCAUUUUAUUCUCUUUUUCAUAUGUUUUUAGCAAUUAAAUAAACUAUUUAUGUAUAUUAGAAAUAAUUUUAUAUUGUUGAUAAAUUCCUUAUACUUUUUCAUCCAUUCAUUUCAGAAAUUAAUAAUAGGGCUAUCAAAGAUUUCUUUCGUUUACUUCUUUAUAGUAAAUCGUCUAAUUCAUAUAACUUUUGAACAGUUCAGAUUUCUGAUUUAUGUAAUUAUUGAACAUUAAAUUGUUAAUCAGUGAUUCUUUGUCAAGUUUAAUUAUAUGAUCUUGAAGUAUUUCAAAUAAAUAUUACAAUACUCAAUAGAUUCGAACAAUUUCAGUGAUCAGAAUUUCUACUAAGACUGAAUUCAAGAAGUAUAUUGAGGUUUAUAAGUACUUAGUGUUGAGGAAAUAAUAUUUCAAGGAAUACAAGAGUGGUGUCUUUUAACAGUUACUUAAUCAGUAAAAAUUUUAUGCAAAACUCAACUUAUAAAAUGAAAUGAUAGGGUAAAGAGACUAUAUAUAUAUAUAACUGGAGUUACUUGUGAGUUGUUGGUGGCUUCGUGAUUAAUCAGUCCGAAAAUAACUCUGCUAUUAUUGGAGAUAAUCGGUAAUUCUAAAAUGAGGAAUAUGAUCCAAGAUUAAGUUGUAUGAUAACCAUGUAAUGUUGACAAUCACAAUCCAUAGGUUUAUACAAAAAGGAAAUUAGAAACCUGUUA